UUGGAGACUAAAGAAUGACGUCAGUGAUUACAGGUGCAGGGGGCGGGGCCAGGCUUUACAGGCAGGCAGCAGCAUCACGCGAGAAUCAGCAAAGGGACGAGAAAGAUGUGCAAAUAACAGCGCCGCUGGUCGCUUCCUUUCAGCGCUGAACGCUUUCGUGGCUCCGAGUCCCCUGCUAUCGGUUAUCCCUCGUUGUUUAACACUCGUCAUGUCGGCCGGGGACGUCGGUGUGCUCCGCCAAGAGGCCGGCAAGGAGGGCUCGAGAAUGCCGGCCUGGAAACGAGAGCUGCUCGAGCGGAGGAAAGCGAAGGGCGGCGGGUCUGGGCCAGGUGUCGACUCUGUCUCUUCUCGGGUUAAUGGCGAGCUAACGGGAAGUGGCAGCGAUGAGGUUACCGGAGCGCAUUCUAACCGGACGUACACCAUUACCCCUGCGGGAAAACGUAGCGGAGCCACCGCCGCAUCCCCGGACAUGUCACCGGUGAAAACAAAAGACCCUUGGUCGGCCAUGGACCCUAACGACAGAGCGACAUCAGCGGAGAAAACAAUAACGGACAACGGCGUGCUUCAAGAGAGCUUGGGUCCCAUAAAGGAGAACCCGUUUAUUAAACUGGAGAAAGAGCGCAAGAAACGACGGGAGCGAGAGAGCGCCUCUCGGCCGCUGCAGCAUAUUUUAGAAAUGUACGGCUCCGUGCCCGGGAUACGGACCAUCCGCGCCGAGAACAUCAUCAUCAUCGAGUCCGACCCAGAAUACUUUCCUGCAUCCGGAACGCAGCAGAACGGCACCGUUAGCGGAUACAGCUCUCUCAGUGACCUGCUGGACCGCAGAGGUAGUCCGGUUACUGAGAUCCGCGCGAAGGAAGUGGUGAUCUACGAUACGGCGCUCAGUAAAAGCGAGGAGAACCUGAGCACGCUGGGUCGCGCGAGCUGUGAGCUCUCCGACCUGGCGCAGGGCACGGUGAGUCGCAUGCUGCAGAAAUUCGACCGGAAGUACGGCAAGUUGCACGUGAAGUCUCGAAGCUCGGAGAACCUCCUCGACUUAGACACGAGUCCUGUCCUGUCAGGUCCACGAGCCAGAUUCCAUCAUCCAGAUGUGGUGCCAAAAUGUGCGCCGUGCCCACAACCUGGCUCUCCUGUUCACAGCCCAGCGUGCUAUAGCCAUUCAGUCUUCCAUGGUAGCCAGUCUUCCGAGCGGAAAUAUCAGGAGUCUCCUAACGGUUCUGAAAGUAGCAGCCCUGUUCCCGGAUCCCCUCAGUCAGUGUCUUCCUUCCGGCGUCACUUUGAGGUUGUAGGUGGAGUGUCGCGCAGUGUCACUGUCAACCCUAGAGAGGAGACUGAGAGGAACCAUUCCAAGCUUGUGAGGGAGCGGGACUGGGACAGCGCUGAUGGGGUGUCCAAAGCCAAGGUGCCAUGCUCUCCGGAGAGCCACUGUGCCCGUGCCGAGUCCUUGGCAAGCCCCACGCUGCCCCUUAGUUCACCCAGAUUUGAGAUCCGGCCUUCGCCGCGCCCGGAUCUGUCUGCGUUGCCUGCCAGUGACGUCCAGGCUCGUGCCCUCGCCAACCUGCGCCUCCAGUCCCGCAAUUCCUUCACCGUCAUCCCCAAGCGGCUCGGGGUCCCAUCGGCGCCUGGCAACACCGCGCCCUCCAGCCCCGUUCUGUCUCCUGCUUGCCCACACGUUGAGCUUUCAGUGCCCUCAGUGCCAACGCCUGCCCUACCCAUUCCAGCUUCCCCGUCUCCAGAAAAAAUUGUUGUUGCCCCAGUGCCACCUGUGCCAGACAAAACAGAACUGACGCGUCCCGAAAGGCCCAGCUUGCCCACCUCAUCCUGUGACUUAUCAAUCCUUUCGCCUGAUUCACUCAAAAAAACGACAUCGCUCCCUAUUCCCGAGCCGGCUCUCGAGAAGCUGCCCGUUACUAAUAUUGACGACAUAGUAGUGGAGCCCUCACCGCCCUUUCCCAGCCCUGUGGUGCAGAGGAGGAAAGGAAACACAUUUACAGUCGUCCCAAAACGCAGGACUGAGCCUCAGCCUAGCACUCCUGCUGUCCAGGAGCCUGUUCAGGAGCCUGUCCAGGAGCCUGCCGCAGUGCCACAGGGGUCGCCGUCCUCUACGGAGGCUCCUUAUGCCCAGCUAGGAACGCUACUGAAAAAGCGUUACCCGGCAGUCGAGGACAUCGAGGUGAUCGGUGGAUACCUUUCCCUGGGCCGAUCCUGUUUGUCCAAGACUGGCUCCACAGGAAAGAAGCUGAAGAUCUCUUUUAACGAGUCGAGCCUGCAGAGCACCUUCGAGUACCCGUCCGAGAGCAGCUUCUGGGACAGCGGCGACGAGGAAGAAGAUGGAGGAGCAGUGGCAGGAGGAGGAGGAGGAGGAGAGGAAGACGGAGGCGUCAGCGUGGAAAGGAUCCGCAUCCCCCGGCCGAGUUACACCUCCAGCCCGACCUCUCACAGCCCCAACAGUACUGAUCUAUCCAGCUACACUCCAAAGCACUCUGUGGAGUUCACUGCGUGGCAGGAGAAGAAGCUCAGUGACUCUACAGACCCGGGCGAUGCAAAUUCCCAGCGUACUGACAUGUCAGACGAGGUGAUGUUGACGCCAGCAGACAGCUCCUCUCUCUCCGACUUCAGCAGUGAACCAGCUCUAUACUUCUAAAUUUCCCCAGAACCCUGGAGCACACUGGACCAACCACCAGCCUGGACAACUCACAACCCCACACACACACACACACACACAUACACACAAGAACCAGUAGCAUUCACACAAACAAGCUGUCUUUCCAUUCCAUCUCUGCUGAGGUGUUACCAGCCAACCUGUACGGUUGAUUUGAUUUGCUCUUGACUUCCUGUCUCCAUGUGCUUUAUGUACUGCGAGAGAAAAAGAAAGAAAAAAACGUUUUAAAGGCUCAAACGUCGCCUUUCUGUCUCUCGCCCUCUAUAUCUGUGUAGCUCUGUUCACCUCAUGAAAGUGACCAAAUUUCCUAAACACGGAGAAAGACGCUUGGACUCGGCUGAUGUAAAUAAUAAGACUCUGCCCAAGAUAUAAAGAGAGAGAGAAAAAAAGGAAAUAAAAAGAGACAGUACAUAUAGCAGUACAUAACAAACGAAAGGGUGCCACAAUUCUUGUUCUUUUUGUUCUUGUUCCACCACUUUUACUGUCCUGUGUAUGUUUCAUGUUUCCUGGAUGCCUGUGUUGUGCAACUUGUCCAAUAUGAAGCUCCUCUUCAGUGACCUCGCACAUCUAGUUUGCUCACGCGAGUCGGAUUUGCAUUGCGUUUGACGCCGUUUACAGCAAGCGGCUCUUAAAGACCGAGUUAUGCUUUAUUCUGAACAGGCAGGGCGGGACGUAAACAACAGGAUGUGCAUGGUUUUUACCGUUGUCCAUGAAAAUAACACAUGGGCACGUAGAGAUCGGGGCCGUGCCGAUUUCUCCGCAGCCUCAGAGAUUGAUUAAAGUGGAACGCUUGUGAUGUAAUGUUUGGGAAAUGUGGAUAAACGAUAGAUUCUCUGGGCAGUAGUUAAGGCAUUCGGCUUAAUGUGAUCAGUAGGUUAUGGGUUCAAAUCCCAGCAUUACCAAGCUGCCACUGCUGGCUCUUUCAGCAAUCGAUAAACUACUUAGUUGCAUCUUGUCACUUUAGAUUUUUAAAAAAAUUAUAAAAAAACAGUCAAUUUUAGCAACGCUGGUCUCAUACCUGACACUGCACUGUGAUAGUGAUGCCUGACUUGACUCAUUGAAACAGCUCAUGGUCUGAACCGGCUCUUUUUAUUGAAUCAGUUGAACCACUUUUCAAAAUAAUUUUAAAAAAGACUAAUUUAAGAAUAAACCGAAACAUCACACGACAUCCAACUAUUUUCACUUCAUUUUUAUACCACGCGCAUGUCAGUCCACGUAGUGGCUCCGUGCACUGAACUCUAACAAGCGAAUCAAAAUGAGCCAAAUCGAGUCAGAUGAUCGACUCUAUGAACCAAUAACUUUGCCAUCAGCGAUGUUUGAAUAUAGGAACCACAAAGAAACGUGCAGCUCCCAAGAUCCACUGCGACGUACGAUGAACUCAAUCACUUGACUCAUCGAGUCUGCGGGGAAUCAGUUGUCGAGUCACUUUCUGUCAUGUUUGACUUGAAAUCCAACAAAAUGAGCUGAUCCCAUAAACCGUUACAACACUGGGAGUUGUUUAGCUAGAUUGUUGUUUAAACAAACAAGCUGGAACAUUAUGUUGCGCAAUCUGAAGGUUUUAUGUCCUUGUCGUCCCCCAAAGGCAAAAUUGAAUCAGUCAAACAGGAGUUCGAAAGAAUCGACUCAGUAAAUUGAACUUAACAUUACUGGUGAAAGAGGCGUUUUAUGAGACAGGUGUCGGAGGCGUACCUCCCGCUGUUUUGCUGAGGUGGACGUGCACUUUUUACAAACCGCCAUGCUCAACCCUGUAUUCAGAUGGAAGCAUAACUCGGACGUUUAUGUACAACCAAAAGUUAAAAAGUAACAUCACUGAUGGUUUCAACGAACACAAUGCAACACUUUAAAUAUGCAGCUAUUAUUAUGUAAACAACCAGCUCUGAUAUAUUUAUAACACUGUCUUGAAUGAGAUAUAACACUGUGUCAGUGAUGUAACGGCAUAUCGAACACCGCAGUAUUGUUCAUCGAUGCCAACAGACAUUUCCUCUGGUGUUAAGUCGUCAUUUUUACGUGUAGUGACAUCACUAUAUAAGGUUAUAUAAGCAGGUUCGGAUUUCAUUUUCUUUGUCCUGCUCACGCACUACGUGACUUUCUGAACUCGAAAUUCUUUCACAUUCCAGUGAGCAAAAAAGGAACGGUUAGUUCAGUCACGAUGUGUGUGUGUGUGUGUGUGUGUGUGUGUGUGUGUGUGUGUGUGUGUGUGUGUGUGUGUGUGAGGACAAAAAGACUGCCUGGAGACACAAUGCCAACUGACCCUAGUGUGUGUGGGAGCGUAUGUGGAUGUGCAAGAGGGAUUCUCAUUAGUCUCAAUAUGCUUUCUUUGGCCAGUAUUCUACACGCUUUCAUAAUUUAUUUCAUAAACAAGAAAUUUUCUUAGUUUAGAACUUUUAGUAUCUUUUUAGGAAUUUUAGCGAGAAGUUCUACACAUCUGCCGUAGCAUUAAGGUGCUUUAUUUUUAACAAAAAUUUUUUUAAAAGAGGAUGAAGAAAAGGAAAAGCUUGACUUUUACUUUCAUUCAUUUGCACUGGGUUUUUUUUUUCUUCUUUGCUUUAUUUUGCACCUUUUGUAAUCUUGCUUAAAACGUUGAGAUGGUUGGGGAAGUGUCGCAGUCAUGGAUGGACUAAUUUUGGGAAAUGACAGCUGUAAUGAACACCGAAAUGGCAGAGAUACUGUAAUAGUUAAGUAGUAAUAUUCCUCUACUACCCACAGGGAAAAAAUUUGCUAUAGGUGUCAGAUAUUUUGCAUCGAUGCUUCAUUCCAAUAACAGCUUGAUUAGUAAGUAAAAAAAAUAAAAUAAACUAGCAAGUCUGAAAAACAUUAGCUAAAAUGUUAAGAGUAGCUAGCUUAGGAGUCUUCAGAGAAAAGGUUAGGAGCCUGUGCAUUUACGUAUGAGGUAAAAAGUUGAAUAAAACCGUCCAUCCACUCUUCCACACCUCCCUGUUCAUUUUCAUAGUGGAAACAGGUUGCUGUUUGUACUGUACAUUUAACUUUAUUUUCUUGUAUUUCUGUCCUUGGCUAAAUUUACAUGUACAAUUUGUGUCAUUGAUUUUGAAGAAGAUUUGGAGAGAAAAAAACAACAACCUACUGUUAAACCUGCAAACUGAUGUUCAAUAAAGUGAAGGCGGUUAAUGGG